AUGCAGAACCUUCCAGCUCUCCUGUUGCUCUGUGUGGCUGUAUGCUCAGCCUACCCAGCGGACAGGGCUGCAGAGGACGAGGACAGCAUGGAACUUGUUCAGCAAUACCUGGAAAAAUACUACAAACUUGCAAAAGAGACAAAACCGUUUGUUAGAAGAAGGGACCAUGGUCCGGUCGUUGAGAAAAUCCGAGAAAUGCAGAAGUUCCUCGGGUUGGAGGUGACGGGGAAGCUGGACACGGACACUCUGGAGAUGAUGCGUAAGCCCAGGUGUGGCGUUCCCGACGUCGGUGACUUCACCACCUUCCCUGGCAUGCCCAAGUGGAGGAAAACCCACCUUACCUACAGGAUUAUAAAUUAUACCUUGGAUUUGCCAAGAGAUGCUGUUGAUUCUGCCAUUGAGAAAGCCCUGAGCCUCUGGCAGGAGGUGACUCCACUGACCUUCUCCAGGGCUGAUGAAGGAGAGGCUGACAUAAAGAUCUCCUUUGCAGUUAGAGAUCAUGGAGACUUUAGCCCUUUUGAUGGACCUGGCAAUGUUUUGGGUCAUGCCUACCCGCCUGGGCCCGGCAUUUUUGGAGAUGCCCACUUUGACGACGAUGAACAAUGGACAAGGGACACUUCAGGAACCAACUUAUUCCUGGUCGCUGCUCAUGAACUUGGCCACUCCCUGGGUCUCUUUCACUCGGCCGACCCCAGCGCUCUGAUGUACCCAGUCUACAGAGCAGACACAGACCUGUCCCGCUUCCGCCUUUCUCAAGAUGACGUGGAUGGCAUCCAGUCCCUGUACGGAUCUCCCCCUGGUUCCCCGGAUGACCCCGUGGCGCCCACAGAAUCUGUGACUUCAGGACCGGGGACCCCAGCCGCGUGCGACCCUGCUUUGUCCUUCGAUGCGGUCAGCACCCUGAGGGGAGAAAUCCUCUUCUUUAAGGACAGGUAUUUUUGGCGCAAAUCCCUCAGGACACUUGAACCUGGAUUUUAUUUGAUCUCUUCGUUUUGGCCGUCGCUCCCUUCAGGCCUGGAUGCCGCAUAUGAAGACACUAGCAAGGACACUGUUUUCCUUUUUAAAGGAAAUCAGUUCUGGGCCGUCAGAGGAACGGAGGCACAAGCAGGUUAUCCAAAAGGCAUCCGCACCCUGGGUUUUCCUGCAACUGUAGGGAAAAUUGAUGCGGCCCUUUUUGAUAAAGAAAAGAAGAAAACGUAUUUCUUUGUAGGAGACAAAUACUGGCGAUUUGACGAGAAGAGACAAUCUAUGGAGCCGGGCUUCCCCAGGCAAAUAGCGGAAGACUUCCCCGGGGUGGACCCGAAGGUUGACGCUGCUUUUGAAGCAUUUGGAUUUUACUAUUUCUUCAGCGGACCUUCCCAGUUGGAGUUUGACCCCAACGCAAGGAAAGUCACCCACACCCUGGCGAGCGGCAGCUGGCUGAAUUGCUGA